AUGAAAGUCUCAUCAGUCAUCUUAGUGGCCAUCCUUGCUGAAGUGAUGCCGGCUCUGGCCGCGCCUGCACAGUGCAGUGACAAGCUGGUCUCGGUCCUCAAGCAGUACAGCUCACUGGCCUCCCCUUUCUGCAGUGUCUACCUGAAUAUUCCCAAGAAAACGACCACGACGACAAAAGUAGCAAUCAUCACGCCAACCCCCAAGACUGUGACGACCGAGAUAAAAAUCACCGACACCCAGACGCAGACGGUCUAUGUGACGGUCCCUGGAGAUCCAAUCACCCGCUACUACAACGCACCUUUCCCAAGCGAGACGAAGACAAUCCUGCCUACACCUCCAGCCAAGAGAGAGGCAGCUCUCGAGGCUCGAGACGAUCUCCCCAGCUACGUUAGCGGUUACGCCGCAAGCGCCAUCUCCAGUGCCUGCUCCUGCCUCUCAGUCGCACCCAGGACGACCACAACGACGAAGAGCUCCACGACUACGUUACCGCGCCAAACCCAGACCGUCAGCAAGAUCAAAACCGUAGCCACUUCCAUCAUUACUACGACAGUCACUGUCCAAGGACCAAGACCUACCAAGUACACUUGCGCCGACUACGAAAACUCGCCCUUGAACAAAGGCUAUGAGUAUCUCAACCAGGGCGAUGUCGACAAGUUGACGCCGAUCAGCGCUAUCCCCAUCUUUAGCCGGGAUCUGAUCGAAUGCUGCAACCUCUGCUACGAGACCGAGAACUGUGUUGCGUAUAGGUUCAACAACGACCAUAGUACCGCAACCUGCCAACGCUGGACCACACCUGGAGGACUACCAGUCGUCGGGUACAACUCGCAGUGCAAGGCAGGGAUUGUUCACGGCACGCGACAACCGAUACUAGAGAAGGACUUUUUCGGUAACAUGGCUAACCCGAUUGCCAUCGGGCCGUGCCUGGAUUCGUAUUGGCAAAACUAG